AGCAGGCUCAACAUUACAUGGCAACAUUAUGAACAAAAUUGACCGUUUCAUAAACUUUUGAAAGAUAAAAAAGCAAAUUUCAUUGAAAAAUUUCCAUUGUUUUCCUAAUUUUCCUGGAAUAUGAAUCAGACGCAGUACAAGGUUGCAGACUCCAAACGCGAAGAAUUCAGAAAAUAUUUGGAGAAGGCUGGAGUACUAGAUGCUCUGACUAAAGUUCUUGUGUCUCUUUAUGAAGAACCAGAGAAACCAUCUAAUGCUUUAGAUUAUUUGGGAGCCUUUCUUCAUGGCGGACCUCCACAAACAGCAGAUGUACAGGACCUCAAGUUAAAUGUCGAGCAGUUACAACAAAUGAAUGCACAGUUAACCAAAGAGAAUGAAGAACUUCGUCUUAAACUUCAACAAUAUGAACCAACAGGAGAUGACCAAGGAGCCUCAGAGACUUGAUGGAUUCAAGAGUUUAAUACACUGUAACAUAUUGAAAUAGUUUAAGCAAUUUCAAUUUGGACUUUUUUGCUUAUUUUUUUCUUGCUUACUACAAGAAAAGUGCAUUUAUUCGUAUAUCUAAAUAUUGCAAUGUUUGACCUUGUGUAAUGUCAAUAAGCAUUAAUAUAAUGCACAGAUUUCAUAACCAUAAUCUUAAAAAAGCAUUUUGCCAAAAUUUGUUGAAAAA